CAUCGACCAUUUGCUCUUUAACCAAAAGGAUAUCACCGCCUUGGAGAAGACGAAGAAACAAACAACUUCUUCUAUAAACCCCCCACCCACUCCCAACGAAGCCUCUGGGUUUUUCGAGGCUCCAUUCACCGAUAAGCUCACAUACCCCUUUCCCUAGGGCUCUCUACUCCUCCAAAGCUUUCACCUUUUUUCUCGAUACUCUCUCGACAUGGCUGGAACCGCUUCCUCUCCCGAUAGCCUCGCCACUGGCUUAUCUCUUCUUGAGACAGCAGAUUUGUUUCAGGAGCUGUCUUUAGGUUCUGAAGGAAGUGAAGUCUCUAGGAACCGUAACAAGGGUUCACUUCAGCACCAGUAUGGACUUGUACCUUCUGGUGCAUUUACUGCUCCAUCUUCUCAUGGAAGGCCUAACAUGAAUGCUGGAAACCUUCCAAAUGGUGGAGACCAUUUUGGUUCCUAUCCGUGGGGUUACUACCCAUCAAACCAUCCCUCAAGUGGCUACCAGGAUCAGAGCUUUGGUUAUGGCCUCAACAGCAGUUCAAACACCUAUUCACAUCUCAUGAAUCCAAACAGUUCACAAGAAGCACUGAGUUAUGACCAAUUUGGAUACAAUGAUCAUAUGUAUUCCAACAAUGGACUGUAUGGACUAUACGGGAAUGUAAUAGACUCAGGUCAUGCUUACGGAACAUUCGGUUACGAUUCCUGGAAGCUAGGGAGAGGAUGGUACCCGGUUGAUGGUUAUAAAAAGACCAGAAGCUUCAACUACGGACGUGGCUACAGCGAAGAGAAAGCAGAUAGGCUUAAUGAGCUUUGUCGUGGACCAAGGAGCAGUGAAGGUCUUGACUCUACAACGAAGCAAGACGCUCCAGUGGUAGAGAGUUUCCCUGAGACAUUGGUGAAUGCGAAGUUCUUUGUGAUUAAGUCAUACAGCGAAGACGAUGUUCACAACAGUAUCAAGUACGGUAUGUGGUCGAGCACACCAACUGGAAACAAGAAGUUGAACGCUGCGUAUCAAGAGAGUUCUCAAGAAUGUCCUGUGUAUCUUCUGUUCUCGGUGAACGCGAGUGGGCAGUUUGUUGGCGUUGCGGAGAUGAUAGGUGCGGUUGAUUUCAACAAGACAAUGGAGUAUUGGCAGCAAGAUAAGUGGAUUGGUUGCUUCCCUGUGAAGUGGCGUAUCAUCAAAGAUGUACCGAACAGUCUCUUGAGGCACAUUACGCUUGUGAAUAAUGAGAACAAGCCGGUUACUAAUAGCAGAGACACUCAAGAGGUGAAACUGGAAGAUGGUAUAAAGAUUAUAAAGAUCUUCAAGGAGUAUAUGAGCAAGACGUGUAUACUUGAUGAUUUCAAGUUUUAUGAGACGAGACAGAAGAUAAUCAGAGAUAAGAAGGUCAAGCAGAAGAAACAGGUUCUUGAUGGAGCUAGUGUGGAAACGAUUCCCUGAAGUCAAUGGGAGGAAAGAUGAUGACUUUUAAUUUAAAAAAAAAAAACAGUUUGGAUUAUGCUUUUUUUUCUUACUUCAGGCUUUGGAUGUCUGAGAACCUCAUUAUAUAUGUUGGGUUUCUAUGCUUUUUUUUCUAAACAAGAUUACAUUGUGUUUUGUUCCUUGUACAAGGAGGACGCACCAUCUGAUAAAACAAAACUCAUGAUUUUUUCUUCUUC